AUGCAUUCUACGUCGCUUCUCGUUGCUGCUUUCGCUGCUGCCGCCGCCGCCACUCCUCUGGGAACUGGCUCCGGCUGGCAAGCAAGCUCGUCCAGCACCGCACCCCCCUACCCAUCCAGCACCGGCGGCUACUCGAUGACCACCAGCUACUACAGCAAGCCGACCAGCUACUCUAGCUACAGCAGCGGCGGCUGGGGAUCCUCGUCCUACUCCUCCUCCGGCUCUGUCUUGGGCAACCCCACGGCCAGCCCCAACCCGGUUCCCACCGAGGGUACCAUCGCCAAGCUCCUGACCGAGGACAGCCGUGUGGCCCGCUUCAAGGAGAUCCAGUCCGAGAUCCAGUCCGGCAACAUCGCGCUCAAGUUCGACUUCAACCCGGCGGCCAACCCGGGCGUUGCGCCCGGCAAGGGCGGGCAGGUCGACCUGGCCAACCGCGCCAACUUCCCCGUGUUGACCGACCUGGGCAUCUCGGCGGCGGGCAUCUUCUUCCAGCCGUGCGGGCUCAACACGCCGCACAUCCACCCCGACGCGAGCGAGUUCUUCACCGUGGCCACGGCCAACAACUUCACCACGGGCUUCGUGCUCGAGAACGGCCUGGCGACCGAGUUCACCACGUCGCUGACCCAGUUCCAGGGCACCGUCUUCCCCAUGGGCUCCAUCCACUGGCAACAGAACAAUGACUGCACGCCCGCGGUCGCCAUCGCCGGUCUCAACUCCGAGGACCCCGGUGCGAGCUCCAUCGCCCAGAACUUCCUGAUCAACACCGACUCGGCCAUCGUCGACGCCACUCUCGGCUUCCCCAAGCAGAUCGACGCCAACAACUUCGCCCAGUUCAAGGCCAACAUCCCCCCUCCCUUGGCCCUCGGUGUCGAGGAGUGCCUGAUCCGCUGCAAGAUCAACUACUAA